UUCCUUUCAGACCAGUUUCCAUCUGAUAACGAUAUAUAUAAAUUCUGCAACACAUGCCACAAAAUAAUCAAUGCGGGGAAGGUUCCUUCUAUGUGUCUCUCAGAAGGUCUACAUUUUCCAGCUAUUCCGAGUGAACUUCAGGGCUUGACGUCGCUGGAAGAAAGUGUGCUGUAAGGGGUGCAGUAGUAAAUGUCCCCAUUUCACUCGAUUCCACCGUCAACGUCCUUCCAAGAACGGCCGAUCAAACUGAAGUUAUCCAGGUUCAUUUGAAGCGAAGAAUAUCUUACACACACUAUUUUAUGUCUGAAACGAUUCGGCCCGGCAAAAUUUUCGAAGCAGCAAGAUACCUUAUUGAAACCGAAUUGUACAGGAAACAUGAAAUUUGUAUUUCAUCUGAAUGGUUGGCCAAUAUGGGUCCUGCUGAUCAAGUGCCGUUUAUAGCAAAUUCCGAAGAUCGAAGUCUAUUAUCGAGCGUCAUUGAUUUUAACUUAGAUGAAGAUCACAUUGAAGAACAUAACCCCCAAGAAACCCUCUUAGAUUAUAUUCCAGUCGAAAAUGUUCAAAUUCAAAAUAUUGAAAUAGCUCCUGGUGAAGGCCAUAGACCCAUGGAUUUGCUAUUAGAUGAGGACUCUGAAGAGCUAUCAUUUCCCACUAUAUACUGUGGUAUUAAAAGAAAAUCUACAGCGACAAUAGCAAAAUUGAUAAAAUCUGAAGCCCGGCGUUAUGAUAGAAGAUGUGCGCGGGUAGACAAAGUCUUAUACUCGUAUAAAAAAUUAGAGUUUUCUAAAAUCAAGAACAGUAUUUCUACUUGUUUGAGGAAGAAAAUUGGUACUCGCAAUUAUACUGCAACGGAUGCUCUUAAUGACCGGUUCAUACAAAAUAUAGUGCAGCACGACGAAGGGUAUCACAUUUUGAAAGGCGUGCGGUCUUCUCCAGCACAUUGGGAGGCAGAGAAAAAGAAGGUCUUGGCUAUGAUCAGGCAAUUUGGCAUUCCAACGUUCUUUAUAACUCUUUCUGCUGCUGAAUCACAAUGGCCAGAAUUGAUCGUUAUAUUGGUAAAAAUUGCAGAAGGAAGGAAUAUUACCGAAGAAGAGGCAAUGUCAUUUAGCACCCAAAAACGGUACGAACUAAUUAGGUCAGAUCCAAUUACAUGUUCCAGGUAUUUUGACCACAGAAUAAGACACCUCUUCAAAAGUUUCACGGUUAAUGGUGGAAUAUUCGACGAGUUUAAUGUAAUCAAAUUCUACUGGAGAAUAGAAUUUCAACAGCGAGGGUCUCCUCAUGUCCACGGCAUAUAUUGGCUAAACAAUGCCCCUUUGUUUGAUAUAUCAGAUCGAAAUAGCUUCCAACGUGUUACGGAUUUUGUAGAUAAAUUUGUUUCUACAGAUUCGUCUAAUAGCGAAAUCCAAGACAUAGUCCACUACCAGCAACACAACCACGGAAGAGCAUGCCAACGUGAAAUAAGAGGUCAAAAAUUCUGUAGAUUUCAUAUACCAUAUCCGCCAAUGUCUAAUACGGAACUUCUUUUGCCGUUUUCGGAUGAUGUAGAUGAGCAACAAUUAUCAGCUCAUAAGUGCAACUAUGACAAAAUUUAUAAUUUACUUAACGCAAAGUUAACAGAUAUAGAAUGUGAACGAUUAAAUAAUUUUGAUCAGUUUUUGGCAGACCCACGGAUUAAUAUGGACAAAGAUGAAUAUCUUGCGGCGAUCAGAUCUUCUCUAAGAAAACCUAAAAUUUUUCUUAAAAGAUCCUUCAAAGACAGAUCAAUAAAUGCUUUUAAUUCGCGGAUUUUAAAAAUGCACAAAGCAAACAUGGAUAUUCAAUUUGUUCUGGAUGCUUAUGCAUGCGUGUCAUAUAUAGUUAACUAUAUAAACAAGUCGAAUCGGGGUGUUUCACGUUUGUUGCAAGAAACAAUGAACGAGAUACGUGAAGGAAAUUAUUCUGUAAAACAAAAGUUGCAGCAUAUAGGUAAUAAAUUCAUAUCAGCAUCCGAAGUCUCAGCCCAAGAAGCAGCUUACAAUAUCUUGGGAAUGCAUUUGUCUCAGUGUAGCAGCAGUGAUGUUUAUGUCAAUACUCUCUUGCCAGAAAAACGUGUUCGCAUACUAAAACCGAGGCAAGAGCUUCAAAAUCUUUCUCCUGAUUCAACCGAUAUUUAUGUAUCGAAUUUACUUGAGCAUUAUAUUCAAAGACCGGAUAAUCUAGGCGAUGUAUGUUUGGCUUAUUUCGCUGCACAUUAUACAUACUCUAAGACAUUGCGCAAAAGGAAUCGUCAACAUGAUGAGGAGGAUGAAGAUAUUCUUGAAGAUGACGAGGAACAUCCUGAUGAUGUCGGGGCUUUGUUUCGCUUAAAAAAUAAUUCGGGUUACGUAUAUAAAAGAAGAAGUCCGGCUAUAAUUCGUUUUCCCUCAUUUAGGGCCGACUUAAACAGGGACGACUAUUUUCGCACAUUGGUUAUGUUAUACUUUCCAUGGCGUAACGAAGACGAAGACAUUAUAGGAAGAAACAACGAAGAUACCUGCUCUAUCUACAUGGAUGUAAUUGAAAGGAACCGACAGCAGUUUGAAAUGUUCAAGGAUGGUGAAUUACAUGAUAUAUUGCAAAGUAUUCGUGAAGACAGUGAUGGUGGUGAAGACCAUGCGAGUAACGAUAACAUUACAAGUGACCAACUUUUAGACGAGGAGUUUAGAGCCUUGGUUGUUCCAGAAUUAGAGGAAAAUAUAAAUGUCUUCGACAUUGACAACCACCAUGAAGAUGACCUGGAAUCAGAAGCCAAUGUACACUUAUUCAGAAAGUUCGAUUUUAUGAGUAUGUUGCGGGAGGAGCUGGCGUAG